AUGUUGAUACAAGGUACCAUCACUGCACAUCGGCUCUACACAUUUAAAAAUCUACUGAGUGAAUAUGUUGUCUACGAUCUUAGUGUUUUCUAUGUUGCUAGAAGCAGUAACCACGUCAGACUGUGCGCCUCCCCUAUCUUUUUUGAUUUAACGCGCAACCAGACAACCAGCUUUAUCAAGGUUGUCGACCCGGAGGAUAGGAGAAUAAACACCAUCUACAAUGACAAAAACGAGUUGAUACAGCGUGUUAUUAUGGUCACUCUCCAGCUGGACAAGUUGCAUGAAAAGUUAGUCCUCUUGAAGUGGAGACAAAGGUUACGACUUCACGACAGUUACAGCAUUAGUCCUCUUAUGUCAAUUUUUCAUAUGUCAUUUACAGUAACAUCAAUGCAUCAGUUUUCGUGCUCUCUUAAUCUGUCUGCGCAUGUCGCUUAA